CGGGCGCUGCCGGCCCGGCCAUGUACGCGGGACGCAGGCGGAGGAAGCCGGUGCCGCGGGCGACGCGGCCGGGCCCGGCCGAAGGCGGCGGCGGCGGCUCCAACCCGUCCAAGCGGCACCGGGAGCGGCUGAACCAGGAGCUGGAGCGGCUGGCGGGGCUGCUGCCCUUCCCGCCCGACGUGGUGGCCGGGCUGGACAAGCUGUCGGUGCUCCGCCUCAGCGCCGGCUUCCUGCGCGCCAGGCGCUUCUUCGGCGUUGCCCUGAAGAAUCCUGCAGCCAAAGAAGCCCAGAGGGAUGGAGCCUGUGGCACCGGGCCGGCUCCAGACUCGGCAGCAGUUCCAGAGGGUGAGCUGCUCCUACAGGCUCUCAAUGGCUUCGUGCUGGUGGUGACAUCAGAAGGACUGAUAUUUUACUCCUCGCAUACAAUCCAGGACUAUCUAGGAUUUCAUCAGACAGAUGUCAUGCACCAGAGUGUCUUCGAGCUGAUCCACACCGAGGACCAGCCAGAGUUCAGGCGCAACCUCCACUGGGCCCUGGACCCACCGCUCACUCCUGAGGGUCAGCCUUCUCCAGCAGUGGGGAAGAGUCAAGACUCUUCUGCUGUCAUCUAUAAGCCAGAUCAGCUGCCCCCAGAAAACUCCUCCUUCCUGGAGAGGAGCUUUGUGUGCCGCUUUCGCUGCCUCCUGGAUAAUUCCUCCGGCUUCCUGGCUUUAAACCUUCAAGGCAGGCUGAAAUUCCUUCAUGGGCAGAACAAAAGAUCUGAAGAUGGCUCUGUACUGCCCCCCCAGCUCGCUCUGUUCGCCAUCUCUACACCCCUGCAGCCCCCAUCCAUCCUGCAGAUCCGAACCAAGAACAUGAUCUUCAGAACCAAGCACAAGCUGGACUUCACCCCCUUGGCGUGUGAUGCCAAGGGGAAGAUCGUCCUGGGCUACACCGAGGCGGAGCUGCGGAUGUACGGCACCGGGUACCAGUUUGUCCAUGCUGCUGACACGCUGUACUGUGCUGAGAACCACGUCAGGAUGAUGAAGACAGGGGAGAGUGGCCUGACAGUGUUCCGGCUGCUGACCAAGGACAACCGCUGGAAGUGGGUGCAGGCCAACGCGCGGCUCGUCUACAAGAACGGCAAACCCGAGUACAUCGUGGCCACACAGAGGCCCCUCGUAGAUGAAGAAGGAGGAGAGCACCUUCGGAAGCGGCCCCUGCAUCUUCCCUUUACCUUUGCUACAGGAGAGGCGCUUCUAUACCAAAGCACUCACCCUCUUCCAGGCUUCCCUGACCUUUUCCAGAGUAAAGGGAAACCCAGCAAGUUCAAGAAGCCCUCCUGCAGCCACGGUGGGCACUCCCAGGAGAAUGGCAUUGAUCCCUGGUCUCUGCUGGGCACUGGGAUGCGACAGGACAAGGCGGUGUGUGCCUCACACCCAGCUCUCACUCAGAACCUUUCCUUUAGCAGCACUUUCCAGCUCGAGGGUGUGUCCUUGCCGGGUGCAGGAGAGGAUGCCUGGAGUAGGGGAACAGCUCCAGUUUCUUCAAGGGGCAGCAGUCUCCAAGAGAAGCUGCUGGAUUUGCAGCAGGAGAACUCUCUCUUGGCCACCAUGGACUCGCUCUCAGUUAUGAGUGACGAGAGCGUCAGUGCUUUGGAGGGCCUGGGCUUGAAUGCUGAGGACCUGGAGCUCCUGCUGCUGGAUGAGAAAAUGAUGAUGGUCAGUAUGGACCCAGACCAGUCCCCGUCUCUGAACAACAUCCUGGCCAGUGACCAGAUUCUCUCCUGUGUCCCCAGCCAUCCAGUGGAUGAGCAUGAGGGAGGGCAGCAGCUCUGUCCUCUGCCAGGCACGCCCCCCAACCCACAGGGAGGCACUGCUCCGUGCCACAUGGAGAGCAAGGAUUCCAGGUGCCACCUGGCACAGCGUGCAGGGCAGCCCAGCACUGCCCAGGGCCAGCCCCCCAUCCUUCUGUGGGAGCAGCCCCUCAGCGCUGUGCCAGGGCUGCUCCCAGAGCUGGCUGAGCAGGAAGAGCUGUCCAGUGGCUCCCAGUGGGGACCAGCUGGAGAGGAGACUGUGCUCCGCUUCCUCCAGCCAGCACAGGGCACCCCAUGGGGCAGGGCCCCCAGCUCAGCCCCGGGAGCCCCCUGCCUGCAGGAGCCACCUGGGGCCCAGUGGCUACAGGGAGACUUCCCAGCUGUGCAGCUCCCCCAAGAGAAUGCCCACCAGUCCUUCUCCCUGCCCAGCCAGUGCCAGGACCGUGUGGCACCGCCAGGCCGGCAGAAGCACCAUCACUUGCUGAUGAAUGGGACGUGUGGCACCAGCCCCAGCUCCUCUCCACACCCCAGCUCAUGGCAGGACGAUGUUUGCCCACUCCUGGGGUCUCCAGCUCAGCCUGACAUUUAUGACCUCAGCCAAGAUGUGAUCUCCCAGCCCCAGGACUGUUUGGGCCCUGGGCCCAGCGUGCCCCCACAGCACAUUAACCUGAAUGGAUUGUGCAGCAUGGAAUCUGCCAGCACUGAGGACUCCUGGGAAGAGAUGGCUCCAUACCCGAGGUGUUUUCCCCCUUCCUACCACCAUAUUCCCAAGAAGCAGCUGAGCCCUGUUCCCUCCGUGUCCCAGCACCCUUUCCCCAGCUCAACUGCAGGGCACUUUGGGAGCAUCGGCCACUCUCUGGAGACACUGAAUUCCUGUGGGGGACACGCCUCUGCACUGAGCCAGGAGGGCAGGCACAGGCCCCGCAGUGGCUGUGGUUUGCCCAGCUCUCCCAUGGGACUGCCCCAAGACCGCCCAGUGCUGGGGGAAAGCCUGGCUCUGCCCUGCCAGCCUCAGCUGCCAGAUCCCCCUCAUGCCUCCAGGGGGGACGUCUGUCUCUAGGAGACACAGGAAUGGACAAAGCAGGACUAUUCCCUGGGGAAGGAGCUACCUUCAAACUGCAGAUAACAAACCUUCCCCACUGCUGUGCACAUCCUGCUGGUGCUAUUGAUGUUGGUUGCUUUGGCUCACCUGGGGGCUUUUGCCCUUUUCUCAACUUCCCACCAUCCUGCUCCCUGCACUGUUCCUGUGCUAGUGUCCCUGGCCUGGGCAGGGACAGCAGCAGGGUUACAGGACAGAUUUCCCAGGGCGCUGGAGCAAGCUGAGCUGUGGUUGCAGGUCAGCCCAUGAGGGCAACCAAAGCUUUGUAUUUACAUGCAUGAUCCAGCACGGAUACCAGCCUCACGAAUGCCUGUCCUAAAGAGAGAAACAGAAGAUGUUUUCACUUCUGGUAUUAAAUUUCCUGCCAUCCCAGCCAGGCACCCGUGGCUGUGGCCAUGUUGUACCAAUACUGCUUGUUUUAUAAGAAAAUGAGCCCUGUAUGGUGUUCUUAUGUUGCUCUGGUCCUUCCCCACCCCAGAUUUCUCCGUGUCCCAGGUGUUCCCAGUGUUUGGGAUCCAGGUUAGAGCUCCUGUAGCAAACACUCUGGGCUUUGCUGUACUGUACAAGACAUGCCCAGAUUGGCUGCUAAACUGGUUUUCUCUGGAUGCUGGCCUCUCAGGUAUUCUCAGACUUCAAGUCUCCAUUUUUUACAGUUAAAAAUCAGAAAUUGCAGUAAGAUAAAGAAGUUAAGUAUAAUGGUACUUAAUUGUAAGUACUGAGAGAGUGAUAUCUUCCCACAGAAAAAAAGCCACAGCCCAUAUGUGUGCAUACAAUAUGAGUUGACAGAUUUAUUUUUAUGCCACUCCAGUGGAAGGAAAAAACAACUUCUUACCAUCCCAAAGUAGCAUUCUGUGGAAUGGGAUUAAGAGGUUAUUUAAAAGAUCAGACACCCAAGAAACCUGAUAAAGCUCAUACCUCCUCCUGCUUGCCCAGCUUUAAAUUCAUGUGAAUUCCUAUUGGUUUUGUUCCAAUAAAUGGUUUUGGAGCUCGUCCCUGAUGUUUCCCUUGCUGGUUGUGUCUCUUCCCAAUCCAGAACAUGCCAGGGUUUGCUGGCUGCAGCAUUGGACCCAGGCCUUGCCACUGGUGACCUGGGACGCAGUGGGUUGGGUUGGAAGGGUUCCUAAGGAGCACUUGGAGCCUUUGGGAUGUACACAGUCCAUCUGCCAGCUCCUUCCAUGGAUGUUUGAAAGGAGCUGGGAAAUCUGACGGA